AUGGUGUCAUCAUCUACUGCUGCUCUUCAGACGCCCCCGCCGAGGUUGCUCCUCGAGUGGAAGAACCGAGAAGCCCCAAUCUCCCAAGAAAUCAUUGUCCAUAAUCCAGGCCGGGUCGUCAGAGUACUCGUACCAGAUGCCUCCAAUUUCAUGACCGACCUGGAUGUGUCGAUUCCUAAUGCGGAAUCAGCCCCUAUGGCGGCAAUCUUCGAAUUCGUACAAGAAAUCCCUCGGGAGCAAGGCCAAGCACACCUCGAUCAGCUGGAACACAUGAUGGCAUACUUCCAGGAACGUGAUGAGGCAAUCCGGUUCGCACAAGGGCUUGCUUACACAGACCUAGAGCGAAGGGUGCAGAUGCUGGAAGACACGCUAGCAAGACAGUUAGAAGAAGGGUCCGUAGGGACCGAAGAAAACGGCCAACCACAAGCCAUGGACUUCGAAUACACGAAGUUAGCCAUCUUGCCUCCACCAUCCCAACUCUCGAUUCCGAUUCUGGCAGCAGUUAGCGAGAAUAGCUACAUCACGGGAAAGUACUCCUACCCCGAGACGCUACAGCGUAGGGCAUUGGUUACCUCUAUUGAUACACCUCCCGAGUUGAGGCCAUCGGAAAGACCAGCUGAGCCUCUACCGCUCCAUCCAUUCAAUACACCCGUGGCAGCAUAUCAAGGAACUCCCUUCCACCAUAUUACUAGGCCGGAAGAAGAAGCGGGGUAUGAAGAGUACCAUGGGAGGGAAGUUACGGAGGAACGAGUAGAAGAGAGAGAAGGGCAGAGGGUGGACGAGGAGGAGGAAGAAGUGGAUGGCUCAGACUCUUCUGACGACGAGCCGGACGACUGGGAUGACCGGAAGGCCAGGAAACGAUGGCUGAAGAGAAGAGACAGGAGACUCUUCCGGAUGCUGAAAGAAGUGGUCACUCCAUCGUCGACCGCCCUGGCUCCUACCCCCACUACCUUAUCAUCGCGGCCGCCCCCGAAGAAGUCAAUAGCGCCGGAACCGUUCAAAGGGGAACCCGACGACUUAGACCGGUUUGUUCGUGCGCUGGAAGGGGUCUUUGAACUGGAUAAAGCCCACUACCGCACCGAAAUGGAUAAGAUCGCUUACACCUCAAGCCUCCUAAGAGAUCGCGCCUCCAAGUGGUACGAGACCAUUCAUGCUCACGUCAACCAGGAAGCAGCAAAGAGGCUUGGUUUGUCCUUCGACCCAGACACUCCCUGGAGACAAUGUCCGCACUUCCUGAGCAGCCUAACCUCUAGUUUUGGGGGAAGUCUGACUCGGGAGAAGGCAGUAGGGGAAUGGCGGGCCCUCAAGCAUGUUCCGGGGAAGAUCGACGAAUUUAUCGACAAGUCGAUCGAGUUGGUCAUGAGGACCGGAUACACGGAUGAGCUUGCUGGACUCCGUUCCCUAGGGCAUAAGCUCGAGCAGCUUCAUAAGUUGGAGCAAGCCCGCGAGAAGGCUCCAACUACCAAGGAACCUUCAAAACCUGACUCCCGGAAUAGGGACAAAGGGAAGGGGAGAGAACGGAAUGGAAACCGUAAGGUUACUGGCUCCACUCCUAGGUCGUCCAAUGACUCGGGCAAGGCUAAGCCUCGCUUCGAUUUCAUUAAGGACAAAUCUACCGCUUUGGCAGGCGUAUCCCCCGACCUCAGAACCAGGAGGUUUGAGGGGAACCUGUGCACUCGUUGUGGGGCCAGUGGUCAUAGGUGGACCUUCUGUCAAGCAACAAAGCCGGUAGGAGACGGUGCUCCGGAGAAAAAAAUCGUUGGGGCAAAGCGGAAAAGAGGCUUCGAGGAUAACGGGAGUAAGAAGCGGGUUGCCGUCCUAUCGGCACCUGCGGAACCAACUCCCGAAUCUUCCGUUGCUGCCGUACCCCUUUCGUUUGAUGGGGUGACGAUGAAUAUUGUCGACUCUGGACCGGAGUCAGACGCCGACGUGGAUGUCUACUAA